UGGCGCCAAAAAUUGAAUGCUCACUCCCAAACGUCUUGGACAUAACGUUCGGGGUAUGGGGAGAGGAGUAUUUGAAAACCGCUGUUCAAAGGUCGUCGGCGCACACGUGUCUUCAACACCAUCAAAAUGUUGAACACAGGGAAGCUUGCUGGAAAGACCUUAUUCAUAACGGGGGCCAGUCGAGGUAUUGGUAAAGCCAUCGCUUUGAAAGCAGCUCGUGACGGAGCAAAUGUGAUUAUUGCUGCAAAGACAGCCGCUCCACAUCCAACACUACCAGGGACUAUUUAUACUGCUGCUAAGGAAGUGGAAGAAGCUGGAGGUCACUGUCUACCUUGUGUAGUCGACAUUAGAGAUGAAAGUGCUGUUAUUGGUGCAGUUGAAGAGGGAGUGACAAAGUUUGGUGGGAUUGACAUCUUAGUUAAUAAUGCAAGUGCAAUCAGUCUUACAGGCACAUUGGAGACACCAAUGAAAAGAUAUGACUUGAUGAACAACAUCAAUGCAAGGGGAACUUAUUUAUGCUCUCAGGCCUGUUUACCUUAUUUGAAAAAAGGAAAGAACCCACACAUACUGACAUUGAGUCCACCUCUGAAUAUGAAUCCUAUCUGGUUCAAGAAUCAUGUUGCGUACACAAUGGCCAAGUAUGGCAUGUCCAUGUGUGCACUUGGAAUGGCAGAAGAAUUCAAAGAUGAUGGCAUAGCUGUCAAUGCACUCUGGCCAAAAACAGCCAUAGCAACAGCUGCCAUGAAGAUGCUCGGAGGAGAAGAAGCCAUCAAACAAUGCCGUACCGUAGAUAUCAUGGCAGAUGCCGCUUACGUCAUCCUAACACGUGACAGCCGCUCAUAUACUGGACAGUUCUUGAUUGAUGAAGAUGUACUACGAGAUGUGGGUGUCACGGAUAUGGAGCCCUACGCUUGUGUACCGGGAAGCACUCUUCUUCCCGACUUUUUCCUGGAUGAAGCGAACCCAGAGAAGCUCUUAAAGGAUCAUCACAAAAUGGAAAAACUGGAAGCGAGUGCUGGUUCAUCAACGGGUAACGUUGCUAAAGUUUUUGAGACCAUAAAAUCGCUAUGUGAUGAUGAACUUGUCAAGACUAUUAAUGGAGUGUUUGAGUUUGAUAUCCACGGGAAGGAUGCUGGCUUGUGGUAUCUAGACUUAAAGAAUGGACCAGGUAGUGCAGGUUCAGGGUCAUACCCAGGUGGUCAAGCACAGUGUACCAUGUCCCUUGACUCUGAGGACUUUCUUAAGAUGUUCCAAGGUCAACUUAAUCCAACACAAGCAUUUAUGAGUGGCAAGCUCAAGAUAAAAGGAGACAUGAUGAUUGCAAUGAAAUUAGAAAAGCUUAUGGGAAAGAUGAAAUCUAAACUAUGAGAACAUUAACACUAUAUUAAUACUUCACAGGAAAGUGUUCCUGAACAUUUUUCCGAAGCAAUUGAUCAAACAAAUUCAUGCAUGUUUAUACUUUCAUCAGUUCUUUUUAAUGAGCUCUUAAGAUUAUUUAAUUAUCUUGAAAUAGAAGUGGAAUAGGCUUUUACAAAAUUUAACAUUACUGCUUCUUCCUUGCUCUCCAACAGAGCUGCUUUUAGACAACUUCACUUUCUGUGGGGGGUGGGGCAGUAGCAAAAUUUUCCUUCUCAAUCAUCAGCUACUCAGUGUAUUACCACUGUUUUCAUUGCUACACACUGAUCAAGUCAGCAGUUGCUAGAGGAAAAUCGGGCAAUAGACUGAACAUUUGAAAAAAUUGUUUGGUACCUUUACAUACUCUGAUAAAUGGCAUUGUAUUGCUCACUUUUUGUUGUGACUGUUGCCGUGAUCAGUGGUAAAUAAAAGAUAUUCUGCUUCAAUAUUCAACAUUGGCCUUUGGUGACGGUUAAAAUGGAAUCAGCUCUCUUAUACCUAAACGAGUAUAUCCUUACUAAACACAAUAUUUUAAAGGUUUGUCUGCAAACAAGACAUAUUCAAGGUCUUGGACUCUUUUCCAAUUUAUUUGUUGUGUGCUGUGUAUAUUUUUUUAAUACAGGAUACCAAUGAAAAUGAUUUUGAAAAUUGAAAACUACUGGAAUUUGUAUGUAUAAUUACACAUUAAAAUAUUUAAUAAAAGUUUUCUUGUUCUUA